AUGGAGUCUCUAAGGCUCUUCGCCCCGGGGCUGUGUGCCCAAUCGUUCGCCUUGCCCUUAGGAGGAGUUUUGAAGCUGUGGCUCUGUGAGCUGUGGCUCCUACUGCUGGGUUCCGGUUUGAAUGCGAAUUUUUUGCCACACGAAGAAGACGUAGACUUUAUCAAUGAGUACGUGAACCUCCACAAUGAGCUCCGGGGCAACGUCCACCCCGGAGGGUCUAACUUGCGCUUCAUGACUUGGGAUGUAGCUUUAUCACGGACUGCUAGAGCAUGGGGGAAAAAAUGUGUGUUUGAGCAUAAUACUUAUUUAGAAGACAUAAAAAUGGCCCAUCCUACAUUUAAUGGUAUUGGUGAAAAUAUGUGGGUUGGCCCUGAAAAUGAAUUUACUGCAACUAUUGCUAUCAAAAGUUGGUAUGCAGAGAAAAAAAAGUAUAAUUUUGAAAAUGACAGUUGUUCUGAAGACUGUUCUCAUUACACUCAGCUUGUUUGGGACAACUCCUACAAAAUUGGUUGUGCUGUUACUCCAUGCUCAAGAAUUGGACAGAUUAUACAUGCAGCAAUUUUCAUAUGCAACUAUGCACCAGGAGGAGCUCUGACACGAAGGCCUUAUGAACCAGGAAUAUUUUGUACUAAAUGUGGCAAACAUGACAAAUGCACAGAUUAUCUAUGCAGUAAUGCAGAUCGUGACCAAGCCAUAUAUUACCAAUUUUGGUAUCCAAGGUGGGAAGUGCCACGGCCAACUGUGUGUGAUCCACUGUGCAUGUUUAUUUUAUUACUGAGAAUACUGUGUUUUUUGCUUUGUGUCAUAAUUGUUUUGAUAGUACAGCCAUACUUUCCAAAUAUCUUACGAGAGCAACAGAUGACAUUUACCCCUGAGGAAUCUGAAGCAGAGCAAGAAAAAGAGAAGAAAGCAGAAAAGGAAAAGGAGGAAGUGGAAGAGGAGGAGGAGGAAGAGGAAGAGGUGGAGGAAGAGGGAGUGGAGGAGGAGGAAAAAGAGGAGGAGCAGAAGUAA